AACUGGAGAAAAUAUCAAUGUAUGAAUUGAAUGCACGCAAUAUAAGCUUGGUAAGAUAUUUUUACAUCCAUUUGCUUGCAUAUAUUUUACAGCAUACAUACAAUAUUCAAUUACUCCGCAAGAUGUGCAACAUUAGGGAUCCAGGUGUUAUUGAUUGGAUACAGAUUCAAUAUAAUAAAUCAUUGGGUCGAGCUGGGAAGUUAUUUUUAUAGUAGAUGCGUUCCGGCUGUUGAGGUUCCCGUAAGGGCCUUCUCGGAUACUGUAAGUGGUGGUAUUGUGGUUGGAUGUUGAGACAGGCGUCGAGGAGGGUUUUUGUGUUCGGGUCGUUUUGUAUUGUAUCCCUCGAUGGACAUAACAUUUGAGGUACGUUUCGUUGUGUUUGGACGUUUGGACUGGCGAAGUGAUGAGUUUCUUCAAACGGAUUUAACCUUACAUGUUACUGUUUCGUGGAGUGUUUGAAGAGUUUUUGGUAGAUACAUAUAAUGUUCACAUUCAUGACCACUGACUCUAGCAGGAGAUAGACUUGGAUCUUAAAAUAGGUCUGAAAAUCGGCCGGGACUGAUGGCUUGCAGGCGACAGUCAAUAAUUUAAUGUUCAAGGAGGGCAUAGUAAUGCAUUGUUCAUCUAUUUUCGAGCGUUGGUAAUGUCUGGCUGGAAGAUUCUGUCUUAGGCAUCUUUUUAUAUUAACUGAUGUCAACUAAUGAGUGAGUAUCAUCGAUUGCAAGCACCCCUAUCUAUUAGGUGCUAUCUACCAGGUAGGGUCUGCAUGUCAAUUUAUCUCGAAGUCGAGAAAUUUGAUGAUCACGCGGUUAUCACGUGCCUUGAACUCGGGUCGAAAGUAUAUCUUCAUUUAUGAUGGGGACGUCAAAAGAAAUGAAGAGCCAUUCUUUAGAAUUAGCUAUUUCAAGAGUGAUGUGUUCAUGAUGCUGUGUGUUCACUAUAUCCAAUUCAUGGGUGGGGUCCAACAAUGACUGCGUUUGACUGGUGCAGCCGAAUGUCCAUAGGAAAGGAAGGAACGAAGAUGCUCCUGCCUUCACGGUCAAACUGGCACAUCUUUUGCCUAAAGUUUUCUCUACCCCACAUUUGUCUCCCCAUUCUCUAAUCUCAUCUUACAAACCUCACUAAAUCCUCUCUUCAUCUUCGCACAAUUUCAUUCCGUUCAUCUAGUCCGCUAUACACUUGAAAUUUCAUACUUCAUAUCCUCAUCAUUUCCAUUUAGAAUAUACAUCAAAGCCUCGCGUUCCAGCAAACAAACGAACGAAGGUGAAUUGGGAAGAUUGUUCGCCCUUCUGUCUGAACAUUCCCACCCGGUUCUACAAAAGUCCCAAUGACUCGGUCAUUCUUUUGCAUGGUCGUCACUUUUGGUGAAUAAAUAGUCUUUUGUCUCUUUCCAGGUAGGAAAUAAUUACCUCAAAAGUCUUUUAAUACUUAUGCAUAUUUUAGCGUUCAUCCUCCUCGAGAUGGCUGUGAACCCGGAAGAGCAGGAGAGUCAGAUCGUGGCUCCGCUACAUUCUCCUCCCCCGGAACAAAUUUAUCUUGACGAGGCAUUUCCGGGCGGUGCGGAUGGCUAUCAUAAUGAAGACAAUGAACAACACUUCGUUGCUGAUGACGAAGAAAUGGAUAACACUGAUGCUGAGGCGGAUGGAAUGGAUUUGGAUUCACAACCGGUUCCCCAGCAAGCCAGCAACAAAUCUUUCGUCGAGGAAACUCAAUUUGCAGACAUUGAGAAAGAUACCCAAGCAACAGGUCAUCAAGAGGAGUUUUUUGAAAAGGAGAUUCAAAAUGCUGAUUUUAGUUCUCGAUCCUUUGUUGAAGAGACACAAUAUGUAGGUAUUGAGAUAGAUACACAAGCUACCGAAGAUACUCCUCAAUUUCCUGGUUCAGAUCCAUCAUUUCAGAGACAAGAUAUCCUUGAAAAUGAUGAACCAUCCACUAAAGCCGUCCAUCAUACCAAUAUGUCGCCACCAAAAUUCAUAUUAAAACCCAAAGUUCCAGAGGAAGCUCCUUUCAAAUUUGGUAUUCCAGCACAUGCGAGAAGAAAUCGGGAGCCGACAGUUCAAAAUCUAUCCACGUCAAAGGUUGCAUCUCAACCGGAGAAAGUCUUAUUACCCGGAGGUUAGUUGUAUCUCAAGGAACUAUUAAGUUGCAGUAUAAUAAUAUUAUACUGAUGUAAUGCCAGCCACUCUCAUGCACGAUUCUCGCGGUGAAUCUUCAACAAAACCCUUACAGUCUACACAAAAAGCACUCUUCACAGAUCAUGAAACUACUGCUACUCAUUCUGUUUCCGAUAGUUGUACUGCUGUAUCUGUCAAGUCAUUUAUUGAGAAGGAAGCAAUCCGUGCUGCUGAAAAUAUGGCAUUGGUCGAGCAGGUAUCCGAUGGCCGCAAUUCACCUUUACUGAAUUCGGUUGAACCUCCGAGAGAUACCCUCCUAACGACUUGUAACGGUUCUAGAAACCAAGAAAUGCCUCAUCGUGCUGGCUCGUCUACCAAGACUCAGGUACCAGAGAGAGAAGUGGGAUCAGUUAUCCGGAACAAUUCUGCGGCUUCUCCACCUCAAAUACCUAAUAAAUGCUUGGUGGAUCCAUCGCUCCAGACGAAAAAAGGUAUGGCAGGCCCUCAUAAUAUCUUCUCGCAAUCUGCAAGUGGCAUUGGUUUAUCAAAGGAUGAGAACACUUUUGAUAAACCAAAUAAAUUGUCGGCACUAAGAGCUUCCCACAAUCAACAAUCUAAGCCAGACGGGCCACCUUUAACUCUGCAAAGCACUGUUACACCAGCACAUAUUCCACAACGUCCCAGAAUGAGACAGAAGUCAUCGAAUCAGUAAGUGCAUUCUUGUUCUUGUCAAGCUUAUCAUCUGACUUUAGCAGAUUGAAUCGUGUCAGUGUCAAGACCAAAUUCCAUGUUCAAAAUAUGGUUAAGAAAGCUCCAUUUCCAGAAGCAUCUUCGGAUGAACCAAAAUUGCGAGUACAUCGAUAUAUGGCAACUAAAACUCAAGUACCAGCGUCACAAUCGAGGACACAGCCUCAACAUUCAGAAUCUAGAUCAACCGAGGAAGGAUCGUCAACUCGGAUUGAAGCAGCUGUAGAAUCAGAGUCCAGGAGAUUAACUGCCAGUAUCAAUCCGAUGCAAAGCGCUCAGCUAGGAUCAAAACCCCAGCCAAUUACAAGUGAUAUGUCUGUUUCACCUUCUCGAGUUCAAGAAUCCAAUUUUACCAUGGGAGAUUCGACCAUGAGGUCUGCGGUAUAUGAGGAGAACCAGCCAGUAGAAACCUUUAGACAACCUCGUCAAUCUAUUCCAAUCUCCGAAUUCCAACCAAGCCAUUCUGUUGCACACACUGGCUGUCAUGAGUCAAUGCAUCCACAUCCUUCCCGCUUCGUGUCACAAGCAAACAUAUCUCGACCUCACUCACGACAAGAUUCAUCUCGACCCCUAGCGGCGACGCGAACUCAAACCGGACAUCAGAUUCAACAAAGAUACAUGAAUAGACCGGUGAAAUCACAUGAUCUUGAACCUCAAGGUAUAUCUGAGGCGUCACCGAGCCACAUUGGUCGGACCAAAGUCGCUAAAGCAACAGCUGUGCCAUCUCAAGGUGAAAGUUAUCAAAUCGGAGACCAUAUCAGCAGCCGAUCAGAGAAACCUGCACUAGAUUUUGAUGCUCUGCAUCACGUUGUUAUGGAGUGUCAAAGACAACAAGAAGUUAUCCAAAGUCAAGUGAAUUCCAUUUCAGAUCUCAAUAUCAAAUUGCAAGAUGCGGAAGCCCAAGUGCGAGAUACACGUGUAAUCAAUGAAGAACUGGAGGUGGAAAAGGAUGAAUUGUCAAAGAGAGUCCAGAGAUUAAAGGAUCUAUCCAAUAGAUACAGACAACAUAUUAAUGAAGUUGUCGUUUGCCAGAAGUCUCUCAAGCAAGAUUCAAAAGAGAUGAAGAAAUCGGUAGCAAAUUUAGAAUUGGGCUCCACAAAAGAAUCUGAGGAUAGACAAGCUCAGAUUAACAGGAUCACGGAGGUGUUGGAGGAAAUAAAGCAGAUUCGAGGAGACAAAACCCAACAGGAGUUGAGGGAUGCCAAGUUCAAAGCUUUGGGUGAAAAGAUCGAUGCACUUCAGCGAGAAAAUGAUUGUCUCAAGGCUGUUAAUAAUUCAAAUAUAGUGGAGGUCCGAAGAGACAAGACUCGGCAGGACUUGAAUGCCAAGUUCAAAGCUUUGGGUGAAAAGAUUGAUUUACUUCAGCGUGAAAAUGCUCGUCUCAAGGCUCUUGAUGAUUCAAAUAUGGUGGAACUCCAACAAGAACGUUUACGCAUCGAGGUACUUGAAAAACAAGUCAGUAAUAGUGGCCUUGAUCGUCACAAAGAAUUAAUGGAGAUUCUCCAAAAGCCUCAAGUCGACACCCUUGGAGAACUUACUAAAGAGGAUGGGAUUCUUUCCAAAGUUUUGAGCUCCAGUGAAGGAGUUCAAGGGAAGUUUAACGAAAUCUCGAAGACAAUUAUAAGUUCUCUCAAUCAGACAUCGGAGUGGCAACAAACUCUGACCAAGAUUCUCGAGGACUUUUACACUGGAAUUCAGACGAGGCUGAAUGACAACGGUAGUAAGGACACCAAUUUCCAGGAGUCCACCGUCAAACUCUUUGAUGAUCUUAGAGAAUAUCUUAAUCAAAUCAAUGGUGAUCUGAAUGAAAAGAUCAAACUCAGUGAGCAGCUCAAUGUGCUCCGAGAUAGCAAUGCUACUUUGAAAGCAAAUUUGAACUCCAAGGACGCAGUUUUGGAGAAUCAUAUCGCCCGGAUGCAUGAGUUAACCCAAGAGCUCGCAGACGUUCGUUUACAGUUAAUAAAUAAAGCUGAACAGCUGGCAAUCUCAAAUGCACAACCAAGGGAGGAUCCGGAAUUGAAGAAAAAGGUCGAUGACUUGGUCACGGAGAUAUCCAGAUUACAAAAACUGCUCAGCACUGCAAACGAUGGUAAGAGCCAAGCUGAGAAUAGUGCCCAAAUUCACCAAGCAACAAUUACUUCGACUCAAAAUCAAUUACGCGAGAAAGAGGAUAAGUUGCGAAACGCCAAGUCUACCAUCGAAAAAAUGGAAGGAAAUAAUCAAAAGCUCCAAAUUGAGUGUAGAUCAGCCAUGGAGAGGGUUCGGCAGGAAACUACACAGCUUGCCUUGUCUCAAAAGAAGGAUCUAGUAGCCCAGCAUGACUCCUUAGUCAAUGAUCUUAAGCAUAAGCAAGCGGAAACCGAGAAAAAGCUACAUGUAACGGUUGAGAAAUCAAAAAAAUCUCAAUGGACCAUUGAUGAGCACACCAAGACAAUCAACAGACUUAAGUCGGAGAUAGCUACUUACAAGGACCAGGUGUUACAGCAAAAGCUUCAACUUCAAAGCUUGGAGGAAAGUUCCAUUUCUGCUUCCCAACUUCAAAAAUACAAUCAAGAGAUAUUAUCAAUUCGCCAAGAGCAAGAAAAUCAGCGUGCAUCGUCAAACGCUUGUCGAGACGAGUAUCUUAGGAUUAAUGGUGAAAUCGAGGGUGCUCAGAAACGUCUUCGUGAUAUGAAUGAAGCAAAUGAGCUUCUAAUGACAGAGAAUGGUCGGUUACGAAAGCGUUUAGAGGAUGCCAGCACGGUGACUGAGGAGAUUGUUGGAGGUCCCAACCGUGUUGAUGAUGCUCGGCCAUCUUCACGUAGGCCUGCUGAGAGAAAAUCUAUUAAUUUCCACAGUCAACCCCACGAUAAACUCGUAGGAAGAAACCAUUCUGAAUUCAAGAAUGAUGCAGUACUUGCAUCAUCUUCUUUGCGAACCACGUCAUCUGCUUCACGGACCUCAUCUUCACGAGCAUAUGGCGACAACAGCAGCGGAAAUUGGACUCCGAUCAAACCCUCCACCAACAACGCUUCUCUAGAGACAAGCCCUCUCACCGAUUUGGAAGACAUCAUGCCAAAUGUGGAAUCCGCGCAUAGUCGUGAGGAACUGCAGCAAGUAUACAACAAAAAUCGCCAAGUAGUGAAUGAUAAGGUUGAUCAAGUGGAUAGCGUUCGAUCCAAGUACUAUCCUCAUGGAGAACAUACCCUUGGCACUCCGAAGUCCAAGUUCAACAAAGUUGUGAUUGCUAUUCAAGGGGAAUUAGUUAAUACACCAAACCAAGCACCUGGACUCAUUCCCUCUCUUGCAGAAGAAAAUAUCCAACGCCGAAUGAACAAGCCAACUAAAUCAGCUUUGAAGAAGACUGAUCAUCAGGACUCUUUUAUUAUUCCAGAUGGCCCACAAAGUCAAGUUUAUAAUCCAAUUUUCAAAAAACCAGCGCCAAGAAACAAUCGUGGACUCGAUACUGGCCUUCAUGCAACUCGAGGAACUGGCGCGAGCAGUUACAAUCGCAUCGCAAGUUCAACUCCGCAGGUGUCUAAUUCGAGAGCACCAGAGCCGCGGUAUGAACCAACACCAGAGAUCAAGCGCAACGCCAUUAAAAGAGCAAGGUCAAAUUCAUCCCUCGCCGCUCAGAACCUACAACCCGCCAAGCCUGCGAAAGCACCCAGAAUGUAUCACCGCCAACCGUCAAACAAGGCAAUUAUUCCAGACUCCCAAGAUCGAUUGUAAGGUGAAUUGUUCAUGGCUCAGAUGGCAAUAUCACAGGUCAACCAUUAUUGGGAUACCAACUUGCACCUUGAAUUACAAAUUCGCCAUAUUCAGAUUGGUCAUAGCAUCUUCGCUACGAAAGUUGACGCAGAAUCUCGAAAGUUUUGGACGUACGGAAGGACAACUGAAGUUGUGUUGAUCACUUAUAAUGGCUUUGCAUGGCAAGAGAGAGAUUUAGCGUUUUGAAGUUGAUGUU